GGGUGUGUUCUUGAAAUGGUUUAUAUGACAAAUAUUUUCUUUUCAGAUAAGCUGAGUAGUGAGCAUGCUACUGAAAUGGAAGAUAUCAAAUCCUUGGUUCACAGACUGUUUGUAGCUCUACAUUUAGAAGAUCACCAGAUCAGGAAAGAGAGAGAAUUGCUACAGAAACUGGACCAUCUGAAAGGAGAGCUGCUGCCUCUUGAACAGAUGAAAGCCAGAAUCGUGGACAGUGCAGAUGCAAAAACCUCCAGGCUGUUAUGGGUUGGCCUAGCUCUGAUGUCAACUCAGGGGGGAGCGUUGGCAUGGCUCACAUGGUGGGUCUACUCUUGGGACAUCAUGGAGCCAGUCACGUACUUCAUCACCUACGGGAGUGCCAUGGCUUUCUACGCCUACUUCGUUCUCACCAAGCAGGACUACAUUUAUCCUCAUGCUAAGGACAGGCAGUUCCUCCACUACUUCUACCGCAAAUCCAAAAAGCAGCGUUUUAAUGUGGAACGAUACAACAAGCUCAAAGACGACCUAGCAGAGGCAGAAGAAUCCCUAAGGCGUCUGCGCCAACCGCUGCACCUGAGGCUUCCCAUCCAGGAAAUCAGUGACAAGGACUGACCUUGGUUUGGCGUAGAUUGGAGAUACCCUUUCAAAGCUGAUACCAACAUUUAGUUACUCCAUAGCACCUGGGUAUUUUUGACCACUAAAGUUUCAAAAAAUUGCAAUAAAUAGCUUUAAAAGUGA